UAUUUCUGGGAGCAUACUCUACUCAGCGCACUCGGUAUCGAGUACCAGUACGGACUGAGUAUUACUUUGGGGUGCAGCUCAACACCACCAUUAAUACCGAUCCCAUGCUUCGGAAAGCACUCCCUCCCAGAUGGAAGAAGCAGUCGCCGUCGCACAUAUGCCUCAGUUGCCAGCGGCGUCUGGCGAGGCCAGUCAAUCCAUCUUCGUCCUAUGCCCACGCCUAUGCCUAUGCGCCAAAGUCAUUAUAUUCGACAGACUCAAAUCCUGACCCAGAUAUCGAAUCGAGUACGAGAUCCACGAUGCUAGAAGAGCCGACCUCAACCUCAACCUCCACCUCAACCUCCGCCUACGUCGCCACCUCAAAUUCGAGUAGUAAUCAUAAUGAUACCAAUCCUUCGCCCAAUGUGAAGAGGAGGCUCGUUCCUCUGAUAGCCAGCCCCUCUAGAUCACGCUGGUCAAAUCAGGCCGAAUUCGCGCUGAAUCCGAACGCCAGGACUUACAAAAUGCUGGAAGAACCCACGGGCGAUAUAUUUGGCCAGCGAAUGCUGAAGUACAGGGAGACGGAAGAACUCGAUACCAAAACAUUUGGGGAGCCGUCCAAGAUUAUUGUCCUUCGACAAUCCAAAAUCAAGAAGUAUGCUUGGGAGGAAACCAGGAAUACCAUGGGGGAGCACCUCGGUGGAAGUAAGGAGCCGGUGGAUCUGGAUUCAUACAUAUUAGAUAGACUGGAUGCCGAGAGAGGUCUGCCGAGCGUGAAAGAGGUGGCAGACAACAUCGAAAACUUCAAGCCGAAGAAAGGCGAAGAGCCACGGGAUCGGGAACAAUGGAAUCAUCUGAUCCAACAAAUACAGGAAUCCUUUACGACGCCUCAGCUCCUGGAGUAUAUAGAGUAUUACAAGGGGGAAAGGAUUUCGGAAUUGGACCCCGCGGCGACCACAAAAGCUAUAUCCUCCAGUCAGGAGGAGGAGGCAAAGAUUCUACGGCAAAGUCCCUGGGUGACGGAACUAUUUAAUACCGACGAGUAUUUCGAUAGCGGAUCCAAGUUACGCGGCUAUGCUUUGGCCUCGCAUACAAGCAAACAGAAGGUCGUCAUUCGACUGCUGAGGGAAUGCUGGGAAUUGGUUCUGCCGGAUGUGGAAAAUUCAAUAGGUUUAGUGGAAAUCGCAAUUCGACCGCAUCACUUGGAGCUUUUGUUGAGUAAGGUACUACUCAACUUCUUGAGACGAUUGCUAAUGGUGGUGUCAAGGAUCCGAUCUAUUCCCCCUGUUGAAAGAAGGCCUUGGACGUGCUGGCGAGGACAUUGAAACGUUCCCCUCAACAGGGGUUGUAAAAAUCACAACCACUCGGAGGCGGUACAAGCCUGUCAUAAAGCGAAUCGAGUCGGAAUUGAAAAACAUUCGGAUUUUGCCAAUAUCACUCUCGGAUUUGUUGCCCUCUUACCAGAGUGGUGGAAAACUGAGUGUCGAUAAGAUACAAGAAUGGGCUGCUUCGCAAUUCGACGAUGAGGCACUUCUUGAAAUAAGUCGUCUAACCGAUACCAAAAUAACAAAAAUGCCGCAGAACACAUCACUGGCAAAGCGACAGGUAGAAGGCCCUUUCUUUUCUAAUUGCAUCACUGACCUUCUCAGGUUCCAAUUUCUAUAGCAUGUCUCUUAACUCCUACCAAUCCUUGGAAAUUUACUCGCGCGCAACAGGCUCGCCGUCUCCUUUUGUCUUCUUGUAAUCUUGCAUUCAGAACUCAACGGUCACUAGGGUGUAGAUCAUUACCAGAAAACCAACCCGGUUCCUUUGUCGAAUAUGGUCUGGACACAGGAUUACCUUGGCGAGAAAGACUUCGAAAAUGGACCAGAUUCUCGGCACCAAUUGGGAAAGAUAACGACAGUGAAGUAUCAUGUGAAGUCUUCCUCUUUCAAAAUCCCAAGGAGCUUGCCUCAAUUGAUAAGGCCAAAGAUGGAGACGAUCAACCAAGUACCGUUUCCAAAUCUGCUCCUAAAUCAGUUGCUGAAGGCGGUGGAUCCUUGCUGGGUAGUGACUACUGGAGCGAUCAGUAUAGCAAUACCUCCGAGGCUAUUCUAGGGGCUGUUCUGCAUACCGAUCUAAACUCUCUUGAUGGCGUGCCGAAAGCCCCUGUAGGUUCACCAGAGAUUAUUCAUGCAUUCAGCCCAACUCUACCAACUAUAACGAAACUUAUCCAGAAUAUGAAGAAACCCCGAGAUACCAGCAACGAUAGUCUUGUUCUACGCUUUCAACCCAAUCCCUUUUUCGUGGAUCCGGUCACCAAAAAGACUGUUGGAGCUGAUGUAAUCUCCGCUUUUCCUCCACUUGAAAUGGUUUUCGACGCUGUACCAAAUCAUAAUGCUGACUACUUCGCUCCCAAAGACCUCUUCUUGAGAUCGGUGGAUGCGGUCGUGGAAGAGAAAUUCACUGAUAUCAUGCUCCCAGACCAAGCUGUUGAUGUCCGUUUGAAACAGAGAAGAACCAGUCGGCUACGCUCGAGGAAACUCGCCAUGCCACAAAUUACAGAAUACCUCCAAUUCAGUACUCUCCAAGCUGGACCGCGACGAUUAGAUCUUCCCCCAACACUGACAAUGCCCAUCGCUAAACACCUCUGCAACCUUCCCGCCCUCGCAAAAUUGAACCGCAACCCUGAAGACGAAAUCCACCAAGUCGAAUACAUAUUCGUCGACCGCCAGUUCCGAACUGGGAUUUCGCUCUUAUACAACAAUUGGCGAGUCGCGUAUACAUACAUCAACGCCGGUACCGAUGGCAAACGCAGUGAACUCACCAUCAAGCCGAUAAAUCGUGGUACCCAUGCUACUAAACAGGAGUACAUCAAUACCGUUUUUGAGUUGGCCGAGUCGUUUGGGAAAUCGGCGUUUAGUGUGAGGAGGGUGAUGGAGAAUGAGGAGACGGCGAAGCUGGUUAAGUUUGUUACGAUUAAGGAGGAAAAGGAGGGUCCAAUGCCGACUAUGCCCAAGUAUACGGCUUUUAGGCCAAGGGAUUAUGUGAAAGAUGGGCGAGAGGAGAGUACUGAGAAUUAGGUGGCGGUCUUUUAGUAGAGGACUCGCGAAGAUGUGGAUUCGGUGUUGGGCGGGUUUCAAGUUCACUUGUUUGGGUAGACAGUAUUGCAAGUGCUGAGACUGCAGAUACCGAAGGUUUUGGUGUCGAGGGCGAACGGAGUGGAGCGGACGCCGAUUUGAACUCCGAGAACGAGAGCUCUAAGGUGUCGAGCAUAGAGUGCUGAAGCGGAAAUGCGAGUCUUCGAGGAAAGAGGGAGAUAUCACGAAGUGAUGAUCAUGACGCUACGCUACUCAUUCAUGCUGUGUUACGGUAUCUUGAUCUGUUGUGUAGAUUUAUGGUGCAAGGAUACCUUGUAAAGAGGGCUUGGUAGGACUUGGUUGAUGAGAUGAUUAUGUAUAUGUACAGUAUAGAUAUGUAGGAAUAGAAAAAUGGGGUUGGGGUUAUGGAGAUGUAUG